AUGGAUGAAUUUCGCGAGUUCAUCUUCGAUCUUGAUCUCAUGGAUCUCCCCCUGGUAGGGGGUGAAUAUACUUGGUCAAAUGGGCGGGUGUGGUCGAGAUUGGAUAGAUUUCUUGUAUCUACUACAUGGGAAGCUCAUUAUCCGGAAGUUAGUCAGAAACGACUAGCUCGUGUCAGUUCUGACCAUUUUCCUAUUAUUUUAGAUUGUGGGGGUAUUCAUAGGGGAAGUCGGUAUUUCAAGUUUGAAAACAUGUGGCUAACAACGGAUGGGUUCGUAGAGAUGGUGCGUGCGUGGUGGUAUUCAUAUCAGUUCCUUGGUACUCCAAGUUACAUUCUUGCAAGUAAGUUGAAGGCAUUGAAACAAGAUUUGAAGAAGUGGAACUUGGAGGUUUUUGGUCACACUGAUAAUCAGAAGGCUAAACUGUUGGAGGAAUUGCAAGAGUUGGAGGAUAAAGAGUUAUUGGGAGAUAACUCAGAGGAGAUGUUAUUGAGGAAAGGUUCUGAGGUGUUUUCUUCUUCUCCCGAGUUAGAAAACCAUAUAGUACAUUACUAUGAGACUCUCCUCACAGAAUCGUUUCCUUGGAGGCCGAAGCUUGACGCCUUGAACUUUGAGGCAAUUGACUUGCAGAGUGUGAGUAUUUUGGAGAGACCUUUUGUUGAAGAAGAGAUUUAUAAGGUCUUAUCUGGAAUGGCUAAAGAUAAAGCGCCGGGGCCGGAUGGUUUUUCAAUAGGUAGGGCUGUAAACGAGCCGAGCACGAGCGAGCCUGGGGUGUGCGAGCUCGGCUCGUUUACUACUCGAGUCGAGCUCGAGCUCGGCUCGUUUAUCAGUCGAGCACAUUAUAGCGUCCGAGCUCGGCUCGUGUAG